GCCCACGCCCCCGGACCCUCCGAACGCGACCUCUUCCUCCGUCUCCACACCAUCGACAAGAUGGUUCGCGUCAACGAGGAGACCGAACGCAGGCUACAGCGCAUCGCCGAACGCCGCCGAAUUCCCCCCGUCCCCGACCUGCGCUUCGAGUACUCCUACGUCCGGAGUGUCGCGCCGUACGUCCACAUCGAACAAAUGUCUUCGGAACAAGCGAGCAUACCCACUAGCGAGAAGGGGAAGGAGAAGGCUGUAGAGGGAGUAGAUGCGGUAGAGCCUACGACGGGUGCAACACGGCAGGUGACGGACGUCGUGCGUGUAGACUGGGGGCGGAUAGUGUGGAUUACGACGCGGGACCAGGUCAUAAGCCCUCUCGUGCAGGGCGCGCUAUGGGGUGUCGCCAGCCACUUCUUGCGCCCGCUUGGCGCGGUCCUGGGCUUGCACUUCCGUGCGUGGUGGGCACGGGGCGCGACGAGGAGCAAGGACGCGCCCGAGAUCGAGGGCAACGGCGUGCAGUGGCUCAGGAACUGGAUGGCCUCUAUCCUCACACCAACUGUACCCUCCUACGCCGGCUCUGCGCGCCUUCAUUGAAUGAUCUUGCUGGACUGGAACCCGCUCCCUUGGCCCUUCUCUGUCAUUCCACCUCUGAACGCCCCCCUCUUCCAUCGCAGCGCCUUCUGACAUCAUGUGUUCAGUGCAUAUGGACGGCUGAGGAUAUGCCGCGGCCGGGAUGGGCAGUUGGCAGCUAAGCAAGAGCUGGCAUGAUGUGGCCGGCCGGCCGGUACCACCAGCGCGCUACGCCCAAGCUGCGACGCAUUCCCCACCCAUCGCACGCGGUACACACGCACCCCCGGAGAUUUUGGCAGGGCGACUAGCCGUCGAUCUCAGCGGUGUCGCGCUGAGCUGCGGAGGCCAUUCUGGAUGAUAGUUCUUGGUUUCACAUAUUGCACGACAAGCAGCACUGAGGAGUAAGGGACACUUGCAUGGAGAGCUUGUACCUGAGCCUCGGUGCCGACCGCUCACUUGUUCAAAGAAGUAUUCUGAGUGCUUAAUUGAGGUAUUC